AUGAGCAACUCUACACAUAAUCUCCAGCAAGCCACUCCGGCCGAGCUCACCGGCAUCGAGCGCCAGAACCUGACCCUGGCGUCACAACCACCGACCAUCGACGCCCUCCCAUUCCCGUUCCCGUUCGUCCUGCGCGAGAGCAUCGACCAAAAACCGCUGACCCCCUCGGAACACCAGCUGUUCCUAGCCCUCGUCCACAUCAACACGACGGCCCAAGCCUGCGCCGCCGCCAUGAAGCUCGACGUAAGUUCAAACCUGUACAAGCUGCUCGGCCAGCUCCUAGCCUGGCGCGGGGAGUUCCAUGGCCCAGAAGAAGAAGAACAAGAAGGGGGAGGAGGAGCAGUGCAUGACGGUGAUGAUUCCCGCGACCGGUCACGGGCGCCGGUCGUGUUAGAUGAGGCCAUCGUGGCCAAGUUCCAGCUGGUGGAGUUGCUGUUCGAAUCCUGCCGGAUUCUGCCCUCGGACGAUGUUGAUUAUUUUGCGAAUUUUGGGAUGGUGUUACUCCAUCAGAUGUCGACUAUCAACCCGUGGGUACCGGCCAGACUUGCGCUGAUGGUGUUUGUGCUCGAAGUCAGGCAAAAUUUGAGAAGUGAAGAUUUUGGAUCCGUUGCGGAUUUUGGGAUGGGCAUACUCAAAGGAAUGAGCAAUAAUCCUGAGGAGAGCGAUAAGAGCUAUGAGGAGAGCGAUGAGGAAAGCGAUGAGGAGAGCGAUGAGGAGAGCGAUGAGGAUUGCGAAAUAAUCAUGGGAGAUAGAUCUGCGGAUAUGGAGACGUAG